CGCGACGACGACCAGCAACGACGUCUCUGACGUUUCAUCAGCCGUCGUCGCUCUUUCUUGGUCAUCAACAAUGUGUUAGUGCUGUGUGGGGGAGUGUGACGAAUGAUGUAGCAGUUAAAAUCUUCUCCGUGGUACUUUGUGUUUUUUCGAACGUGCUCGUCUCUUGUCUCUACCUCUUUUCUCUCAUCAGCCACUUAAAUCUCUCUCCCGUCCUCCCCGCCCCCCUCUUGUCACUGAUUUUAGGAGCAGUGAUUCGACGCCACGGAUUCGACAAAACUCCGAUCGCAGAUUGAGAUGUAGAUUUCCCAGGAUACUGCGUAUGCUGCGCCAGCGUUGUUUCGAUCAAAAAUCUGUGUAACACACAGGCGGAAUCAGAAAUCUGGAAGCGGACGAUCCAACCACGCGGCGACGAUCGACCGCGUAUCGAUUUCGGACGAUCACGGGCGAUGAAUCCUCGUGUUGUUGGUAAACCGUCGACCUCAACACGUCGGUAGAGAUUUGCACACAUUUCGCGGACGGGAGAAAUGGAGACGUUGGGCGAUUACGAAUACAAUCCUAAGGAUCUGAUCGGCACGGGCGCUUUUGCCGUGGUAUUCAGAGGCAGACAUCGCAAAAAACCAAACUUAGUAGUUGCUAUUAAGAGCAUCACAAAGAAAACAUUGGCUAAAUCUCAGGAAUUGUUGAAGAAAGAAAUCAAAAUCUUAAAGGCAUUAACUAAAUUACAUCAUGAGAAUGUUGUUGCAUUGUACGAUUGUAAGGAGUCUAAUCAUAAUGUCUUCCUGGUUAUGGAAUAUUGUAAUGGCGGAGAUUUGGGAGAUUACUUAAACGCAAAAGGUACUCUUUCUGAAGACACCAUAAGGUUGUUUCUUAAGCAGCUAGUCCGUGCGAUGAAAGUAUUGCAUGCCAAAGGAAUAGUCCACAGAGAUCUAAAACCACAGAAUAUCUUGUUAAAUCACAACUGUGGCAAAGCAUGUCCACAGCCACACGAAAUAACAUUAAAGAUAGCGGAUUUCGGUUUCGCUAGAUUUCUCCAGGAAGGUGUUAUGGCGGCAACUCUUUGCGGUUCGCCGAUGUAUAUGGCUCCUGAGGUUAUUAUGUCUCUUCAAUAUGAUGCUAAGGCCGAUCUCUGGUCCAUAGGAACUAUAUUAUAUCAGUGUCUUACCGGAAAAGCACCACAUCCCGCGAACAACCCUCACGCCCUCAAGUCGAUUUACGAAAACACUGUUAAUCUUGUUCCAAGUAUACCACCUGGAACGUCGCCUGAGCUAACGAAUCUCUUGAUAGGCUUGUUGAGACGUGAAGCGGUCGACCGUAUGGAUUUCGACGAAUUCUUUGGCCAUUCGUUUAUUACAGGAGUUCGGGAGAGCCCAAGCCCAAGUCCGGUGCCUACAGAAUUGCCGGCAUCGCCUGGAACAAUGCCGAUCCCGAUCGAGGAGGGAACGCCGAUCGUUAAUAGAUCGGAGCCUGAGCCAACGGAAACUCCCUGUUCUAGUCCCGAAGACGACUUCGUCCUUGUACCGAGUGAUAUCAGCGACACUGACAAUAAUCCACCAGUCAAAUAUACUAAGCAAGUAAGCAGAGAAGCCGUCAGUCCUCCCCGACCGUGCUUAUCAAAAUUGGGCGAAUAUAACAGACAGACGAGCAGGGAAGCCAUCAGUCCGCCUCGACCGUGCUACUUGCCGAUUUCGGAGCCGAUUCCUGUUCCGUGUCAACGCAACGCGACGGUUCAUCAGCCGUCGCAAUCGCCGAACGCUGCACGUUCCGGCGGCAGUAGCGUACCACGUUCCCAGCCAAUCAGCAUGAAACGCAGUGUCGACUCUCACAGGAGUCAUCCCCCGGAUAUUGGCUCUCUCAGUCCACCCAGUGUACAAUUUGUCAUUGGCACUCCACCCGGUAGAAGGUUGAGCGAAACCCCGCCGCCACCUAAUACUUGGCAAGUGAGUCCCGUGGCGAGGCACUCGCACACGCCGAGCGGAACCUCACCAUUGCGGCGUUCCACGGGCAAUAACAGCGCGUCCUCGCCGCUGCUCACAGGUCCGCUGGCAGUGCUCGGCUCGCCUACCUCACGCGCGUUUCAGGACAACAAUAACACUCUCAGACAUUCGCCUGUCAUACCCUUCGGCACUAGGGCAGUUACUCUCCCGGAGAUAUCUGAAACCGGUAGCUUCCAAAGUCUGUUCCCCGACAUGCCACCGACGAUGGCUGAUGAUCGUCCUUUGACGUUUAUCGCGCCUGAACUGCCGGAGGAAACACUGAUGGAACGCGAGCACAACGAAAUUCUGGCAAAGCUGAACUUUGUCGUAGCGUUGUGCGACUGCGUUUGCGAAGUCGCUCGUUCCAGGGCCGGACCUCUCGGCAAUAUCGAGCAGCCGGCGCCACUCGGCAGUAUCGAACAAGCGGGAAACGCGGCUACUAGAAAGCGCGCCGAACAGGUCAUCCUACUGGUGCGAGCUCUUCAGUGGCUUAGCUCUGGUUUGAAUCUGGCUACUCAAGAACUCAAAGCAGGCAGGUUGCAGCCGACAGCCACUGUGAAAGAAGUUGUUAGCACGAUGAAUGAGAAAUUCAAGUCAUGUCUGACGGAAUGCAAGCAGCUGAAUAGCGCGGGACUCCUUCGUCAAACAGGAGCCACAGCAGACAAAAUACUGUACAAUCAUGCGAUUCACAUGUGUCAGUCAGCAGCGUUGGACGAAUUGUUUGGAAAAGGUGGUGAAUGUUUUCAACGUUAUCACACAGCGCAGAUACUGUUACACUCGUUGGCGCAGCACGUCAGCCACACCCAGGACCGAGCUUUGCUUAUUAAAUAUAAAGAAGCGGUCGAAAAACGGCUGUUUGUGCUGCAACAACAAGGCUACAUCUACGCGACCGAGCCCACGUAGCGCUUGUGAAAUACGGCAGCCAAAUACGGCGGCGGUGACGGUCGCUCGGAACAAGUCCUGCCCGAGCAACAGCCGCACGUACAAUCGUACUCGAUAUCUCUCUUCUGUAAUAUAUUCUGCCCUAUUCUGUACAAAAGGCGAGAUUGAAGGUUCAAGAUGGCACUGAUCCGUAUAACUGUAAAACGAAAGCGGGACUACACUUACGAUUGAUUUUGCUUUACCAAUGUUAAUUACAUUAGUGAUCGCCCAAGUGUCAGUAGUUCUUGUUGUUUGCAGCGACUUUGUGUCACUGAUUUUAUCUUCUCUAUUCGAUUACUGUUCAGUAGUCGGAUCAUUCUCGUAGAAGGCAGUAGGGUCCUGGUCAUCACUGGUCGAACAUGCGCGCGAACACUAUUGUAAUUAAAAAACCAAGUUUCGUAAUUCCAUAAUGCGGAAUAGGGUAGACGAUGAAGAAAAUGGAAGUCUCCUAUAUUAUCCCACCCUUUUAUCCUCCAAGAUUUCUUUAUAUGAUUUAUUAACACUUAGUACAUUUAAAAGAUAUUUACGAUUGUACACUGUGUAAUGUACGUACACGUGGUCGAUUUUAUCUUUAUUUCAUAUGUCGAUCAAUAAACAUAUGUAUACUAACGUCGUUGUGCGUUCAAUGCAAAAAAAAGCACGUUCUUAUUAAAACUCGGCAAUUGCGACGAUCGAACAACAAUGACAAGGGUAAAUGUCUCAAUUAAUUAAAGCUUGUAUUAAAGCGUUUGCUUGCAUAUCUGAUCGAGUAUAUAUAUCUGGCUGAUGAUAUUUCAGUUCGUUGAAAGAUCGAUUUUGCUUUUCAAUUUCUUGUAGUUCAAAUGUAACAACUAAGAAUAGAAUUAUUUCGAUAAAUUUAAAUAAAAUAGUAGACGAGAAGACGUUGCACUUCGCCUAUUGGCAAAUAUUCGAAAUCGCUUGGUUCCUAAUUCUGGCAAUCGAAUGACUUUAUUAAUGACAGUUUUUGAUAUGACACCUAUAAUCAAGGUAAUAGAUCUAAUAACUUAUAUGUUUAUAUAUUUCUUCAUUUACGUGUAUUUUAUAUAUUAAAAUGUAUCAUUAUUAUUAUUAUCAUUAUUAUUAUUAUUAUUAUUAUUGUAUAUAUUAAACGAGCAGUCCAUGUGUAAAAAUUAUUGUGUUUUUUGUCCUUCUCAGUAUAAGAAACUUAGAGAUAGGUGGGUAUUUUUUUGAACACACGCGGGUAUAUAAAAAAUGUUACUCAAGAAUCAACCAGUUAUGUAUUACGUUAUUCGAUAAAUUUUUUUUUGUGUUUUUUACUUACUUUCAAGUUUGUCGGUGAAAUUUUCUGUUUAUAUUUAAUGUAUGGUCAAACGUUUUCACGAUCAUAUUACAGCAUCUCGAUAAGAAAUUCGAAUUUUUGUAAUGGAUUGCAAUUUUGCAAUCGACGUAAAAAGUUUCUUAUCGAGAUAGUACUUGUAUCUGUUAUUUUUCUCCUAGUAAAAAUGGAUGUAAAACUUGAAUAAGACAACGUGUGUGAUGAUAUACAAUCUGUAUAUUCAAAAAAAUCAUGUAAAAUCGGAUUGCCAGUAAUUGGGACAUUUACCUAAUUGUAAACAAGUGAUAGGCACGUGAUUGGUUUUCUGUUUCUCUCUCGGUUAAUUAUUUCGUUUAAAAUUCAGAACAAGAAAAAAUUAACAGAAGAAGCUUUAUCAAAUCUAGACUGUCGACGCAAUUUAUGCAUAUCGCAUUCUUUUUGGAUGUUUAUAAAAAAAAAAAAAAA